AUGCCAUCAAACAAAAGAACACAUCAACAGAGUAAUAGAGCUACGAAGAGGAAAACUAAGCGUCAGAAUAUUGGUGCAAAAUACACACUGUAUGUGACAAAUUUAAACAGCAAAAUAAAACCGGUGAAAAUGAAGGAGAAUUUGUAUAUACUUUUCUCGUCAUUUGCUGAUGUUUUGGAGAUACAUUAUCCCAGGAAAGACAGGCGUGGCCAGGGAUGGAUAGUGGUUUCAUCCCCCGAAGAAGCUGCUCAAUGUAUUGAGAAGUUGGACAAUUUUCAAAUGUUUGAAAAUCAAAUACAUGUUAAUCUUGCAAGGAAAGAUGCAAAUAUAAUAGGCGAAUUAACCAAAUUAGAAUCCCAUGACAAGGAAGAUGAAGAUGAAGAUUAA